UCGACAGAGAAUAAAAUUUACAAUUGUUCAUACUGGAUGCAAUAGUACAACUCAAAGGAAAAUGGCUGGUUUGAAGUUUUUGAUAUCUACUUGUAUUCUGCUAGAACUAGUCAUCUUUUGCAGAAACACCUAUCAAACUCAAUCAGACAUCAUUACCUGUGAUUUUGUUAUAAUUGGUGCCGGAACAGCCAGCUUAACUCUGGGCGGCUUGUUAGCAAAUAUCCCAUACUGGAAAAUUUGCAUUUUAGAACGUGGCCCUCUGGAAUCGAGAAUGGAUGGAUGGUAUACUAACAGUUACAAGUUUACUACUCCUCAUGAUCCGAUGUGGCUUACAACUCCUGUUCUCAAGACAAUUGAAAAUAAUAAAAAUAAAAACAGAGAUGGACGAAAUAUAUAUAUCCCAAGAUUUCGUGGUCGUGGUGGAACAUCUCGUGUUUAUGGAGCAAUAAAUAGAAGAGCUAGUCCUGCUGUACUUGAUUUGUGGCCAGAUGGAUGGAAACAUGAUAAUUUGACCCACUAUUAUAAAAGAAUGGAAGAUCAUUAUUGUUAUUAUGACUCAAAAGAUGUAACUGGAAUAUCAGAAGAAGAUUGCAAAAAAUGGCAUGGUAAAGGAGGUGCAAUGCAGGUAAAUACACAGAUGGAGGAGGCAUUUCAAAAAUUUCCAAGAGAAAUGAAAUAUCUUUGCGAAAAGACCAGCAUGCCUUGGGGUGGUUAUGCUCAUAACUACAACGGUCAUUUGGAAGAUAGAAUAAGCUGCAGCGUUUUUCAACAAUUCAAAAUGAGGACGGAAAAAGUUGGAAAAGACGAUUUUGUACCUACACCGGAGGCGCGAAAUAACCGAGCUUCACAGACGGCUCGUGGUAGCAGUUAUUCAGGUUAUUAUGAACGAAGACAGAACCGACCUAACCUUCAACUCUUUACAUCUACAACUGUUACGAAAAUUUUGUUUGAAAAUAAAAAGGCAAUAGGGGUCCUCUGUUUGAAUGAAGAUAGUGAGAAAAUUUUAACAUUUUACGCCAAGAAAGAGGUUAUUGUUGGGGGAGGGUCUUUUGAUACCCCUCAUUUGCUUCAGAUUAGUGGUAUUGGUCCCAAAAAACUUUUGAAGAAGAUUAAAGUUGAUAUUGUCGCUGACAAUCAACACGUUGGACAGCAUUUAUGGGACCAUAUCUCCGUUCCAUAUGUACUCAAGCUCACUCCUGAAUCAGAUGAUUUAUGCUGCACUGGUCCAGACAGUAAAAUACCAACAGUUAAUAUUGAUGGUAAAAUUUAUGAUACAAGAACAUUAUCCAGUAUCAAUGGUCCAUUUUCAUGGAUUUUGCAUUUGAGAUCAAAUUUAACUCGGCCGCUGCAGAAUAUGUCUGACAUUCAGAUAUAUGUGAUGGGAAAUUCCAAACUUUUUGACGAAACAGGAUCAUUGUGUACCGCUCCAACAACUGGUCACAAUGAUCUAAAGGAAUAUGCUUUCUCUGGGGAUGAAGAUGAUACCGUUGAUUCAGAAGAUUUCAACGAAGGAACAAUUCGUAUUAUCGAUCAAUGGCCAGAAUUUCGAGGCUCUAUUAAUGCGGUAACAGCCAACAUUUUCGACAAACCAAAAUUGGAUUACGGAUGGACCUACACUAUAGAUGGAAUACCUACAAAAGAAUUCGAACAAGUGUCCCAACUAUUCAAAGAUCAGAUUCGAAUGUUACGAGACAUGUUUUUUGGCAAUGAUGUUCGAGAAGAGCUACGUUCUUUAAUUGUUGACGAAGUUGCACCAGGUAAAGAUAUUGAUACGGACGAAGAACUAGAUGCGUGGAUGAGGGGAAUGUUUGUUUCAGCAUUGCAUCCAGUAGGGACAUGUAAAAUGCCUGAAUGUGCAGACGAAUUUUUACAAGUGAGGGGAGUGUCUAAAUUGAGAGUAUGUGAUGCUUCAGCGUUCGCCACGCAAACCGAUGGAAAUCCUGCUGCAACCCUCUAUGCAAUGGGAGAAAAACUUGCAGAUAUGCUCAAAUUUCAGUAUUUAAAGUACGUUAAAGUUGCCAUACGUCAAGACUUAUCAAUUCAAGUUGAAUCGACUAAACUGGAUGACCCGGAUAUUUCGUCUGUCCAAUCAUACACUAACUGUAUAGACACUAAGGUCUCGAGCGAAUGGAUAUCAACGGGAAAGUCAACUUCUGCUAUGAUUUACCAGUGGUCUCUUGUUUGCAAUGAUAAUUCAAAUGUAAGGGAUAUUGCAGAUAAAGUCAUUGAAGCAACACUCAGCUUGAAUGUUGACUACGAUAGUUGUAAUACAGAAGGCUUCCCAAAGUUUAACCGUGUAGAGACUCCCCCUAUUAAUAAAGAAUCUGAACCAAAUCAUAAAGAAUCAUCUUUUGUUUUUAUAGCAUGGUGUAGGGCAUUUGAAAAUGUUAAUCCUAAUGAUCUGUGGAGAUCUGUUGGUUAUUAUAACGGAGAUAAUGGAAAUAAUCCUGGUUCGAAAAAAUGUUUUAAACUAAACUGCCAAGAGGAAAUAUGUUCAAUUUUAAAAUAUAUGAACAACGAUAAUAGAGAACUGAUUUUUUCGGAACCGGAACUAAAUUUGCCCCUUAAAAACUAUGUUUCAACAAAGAAGGUUGUUUCGAAAAACUAUGGAAAAUCAUCCUAUUAUGUACGAACUGGAUCAUUUAAAAGUAAUCCCGGUAUAGAUUGGUAUGAUGGAAUUGCCGGAUACUUACUUGAAGAUGUGUAUUCUGCUGAUGGAACUAGACGAUCACGACAAUACCCACCACUGAACAGUCUAAGUGGAUGGUGGACAGAAAAAACGGAUGGGCUAUUAUAUUAUGAAUCCAAAGGCAUAAAAUCUAGUUUGCAUCUUGCAGCGUUUGAUUUGGACGGAACUCUGAUUACAACGAAAUCCGGAGAGGACUUUCCUAUAGAUGAAAACGACUGGGAGUUAAAAUUUCAUAAAAUUCCCGAAAGACUGUUAAAAAAUCGAAACGAGGGUAUCAACAAUGUUAUUAUGAGUAACCAGAAAGGAAUUGGGUUAGGUUUGCAAAAUAAAGAAGAAUGGAUGACAAAAAUAGAGAACAUAAUUUCUAAGUUGGGAGUACCAAUGUAUGCUUUAGCUGCCACCGAAGAUAACAAAUACAGAAAACCGAAUGUUGGAAUGUGGGAAUAUUACAAAUGUUCAUUAAACCAAUUCAGUUCAAUUGAUAAAUCCGAUGCAGUAUACGUUGGUGACGCCAAUGGUCAAGAAGGACGCCCAGAUUCAGACAAAAUGUUUGCUGAAAAUGUUGGCAUCAAAUUUUAUAAUCCAGAAGAAUACUUUCUUUCUUCAUUUAAGAAAUAUCAUGAUGACCUAUAAUAUUCUAAGGAUAGUUUAUGGAAUAUCGACAAAAGAAUAAUGUAUAAAGUAUCUUAGUAAUAAUAUGGUAAUCAUAUACAACUUUUAGCAUGUUUAGUAUUAUACAUAGCAUGUUCUCACUCGCAACUCUCAUUCGAACAUUAAUUGUUUCUUAUUCUAUACUAAGAAACAACAAAGACUGAUAUGAAAAUUCACAACAAACAGUUUUAUUUGAUAGACACAAAUAUUGUCAACAAUAUAACAAAUCAUCAAGAAAAAAGUUCAUACAUCAAUUUCAACAUCCAACUUGUGCAAACAAAGAUCUACAAAAGAAGUUAAAAAGAACUAGAAGUUAUUCUAGUCGUCGAACAUGUUUGGUUGUGUGAAAUCUCGAUGAAAUAAAAAGGGCGCGUAGAAUAUUAUAUGAAGUCUAAAAACUGAUUUACUGAAUAGAUUUCAGUCGUUUUUUCUCAAACUUUUUGAGCAGUUUCGGUUGAUCGACAUGUGGCAAAAGUUAUGGCGUUAGAAAUAGAAAAUAACUUGAAAAUGUAGAUUUGGAAUUCAAUUAGGUGAUGGGUGGAUUGUUAGUUGUUGAAAAUAUUCUCAUCCUUAAACCAAUAUUCCGCCCCAAUAAAUGCUAAGAUGGACCUUCCGUACUAAAUUUACCAGAUAUCUCUGACAAUUAAAUGCUUGUUCCAAAACGAAAUAUCUUGUAUUGUUGUUAAAACCUUUCAUUAUUCACAAGAUAGCCUAAAUCACCUGGUUUCGUAGUAAUGAUUUGUCUGAGUAGAGUAAAUUGUGACAGCAAAUAUUAAUUUGUUAACGUUUUUUUGCUUAGCAAUAAUGAUUGUAGAAGUAUAAUUGUAGAUGUUUGUUAUUCUUCAGCUUAUCUAUGAAGCUUAUAGCUCAUAUAAAUAUUGUAGUUUUA